GUCCGCCCAAUUCCCCUAGAACAUUGAUGAUGGCGGAGAAAAGCUUCCGACUGCGCUCUCCGUGGUGCUGAAAACACUUUGGAGUCCGGUGUGCAUAAGGCACUAUCUACGGUGCUGAAAUCUCUCCAGAAGACGCUGGACUGAUAUAGGAGGUGGACUAAAGCCUUCAGCUCGCGUGGCAUGUUGACCUCAGCUCAGUCUACUUAGAUUACUCUUUCCAACACUGGAGCAAGUGGCUGAUGAGUUGCACACAAGCAGUGAAACGCUAGCACUGUCCCUGUGCCAGAGCUGCUGCCACAGUCAGCAGAGAUUCACACAUAAUGUUGUGAGGUGGGAAGGUUUCUAAGUAUCCUCUUUUGAAAUCGACUGCAUUUAACGACUCUCCACCUCUGCGUAUUCCAAACGUAAGAAAAGAAUCAGCAUCAAAUCAGGAUUUUAUUUUGGGCUUUCAAUCAAGUUUGUUUCCUUCCUCAUGCUAACCAUGGCUCCUCCUGCACUUUUUGCUUGUGGACCCUGCACUUUCAAGAAGACGUUAUAGUUGAGUCUCACAACUCCUAUUCUAUUAGGAAAUCCGUGGGUUGCAUGUACACAUUCAAUCGUCUCCUCUUUCUGGCUCUUGCUCUCGCUCUUUCUCGCCCCCUCGCCCACAGGCUCUCUCACACACAACACACUCACACAGAGUCUCUCUUUCAUUCUCGCUCGCUCUUGCACGCACUCUCAUCUCAUCUGGAUGCACACAAUAGCCAUUUUAUGGAGAAAAGCUGGAUAUGAAAACCGAUAUGAGCCUUUAUCGCUGUUUGUAAGGGUGCUCUAGUUAACCAAGUCAACGCCAUUGCAAACAUUUACAGGAAUGGAGUCGUCAAACAAAAAGAUUAUGGGCCAUGGCACGGAGAAGCUGAAAAAUUUUGCUGGGAAAACGCUUGGUCAGCUCUACAGAGUCCUAGAGAAGAGACAGAAAACCGGGGACACCAUCGAGUUGACAGAAGAUGGAAAACCCUUGGACGUUCCCGAGAAGAAGGCGCCAGUGUGCGAUUGCACCUGCUUUGGGCUCCCCCGGAGAUAUAUCAUUGCCAUCAUGAGUGGACUGGGCUUCUGCAUCUCUUUCGGAAUCCGUUGCAACCUGGGAGUAGCCAUCGUGGACAUGGUCAAUAAUAGCACCAUACACCGAGGAGGGAAACUCAUCAAAGAGAAAGCGAAGUUUAACUGGGAUCCGGAAACCGUGGGCAUGAUCCACGGCUCGUUUUUCUGGGGAUAUAUAAUUACGCAAAUCCCGGGGGGAUAUAUUUCAUCCAGGCUGGCAGCAAACAGGGUGUUUGGUGCAGCUAUACUACUGACCUCUACGCUCAAUAUGCUAAUACCCUCUGCAGCUCGAGUGCACUAUGGAUGUGUUAUCUUUGUUAGGAUCUUGCAAGGCCUUGUUGAGGGUGUAACCUAUCCAGCUUGCCAUGGAAUAUGGAGCAAAUGGGCACCUCCUUUAGAAAGAAGUAGAUUAGCAACUACGUCUUUCUGUGGUUCUUAUGCAGGCGCUGUUAUUGCAAUGCCAUUGGCUGGGAUUUUAGUGCAAUACACUGGAUGGUCUUCUGUGUUCUAUGUGUAUGGAAGCUUUGGCAUGGUCUGGUACAUGUUUUGGCUUUUGGUCUCAUAUGAGAGCCCUGCAAAGCACCCUACCAUUACAGAUGAAGAGCGCAGAUACAUAGAAGAAAGUAUUGGAGAGAGUGCCAAUCUUUUGGGAGCAAUGGAAAAAUUCAAAACUCCAUGGAGGAAAUUUUUUACUUCUAUGCCUGUCUAUGCAAUUAUUGUUGCAAACUUCUGUAGAAGUUGGACUUUUUAUCUGCUGCUUAUUAGUCAACCUGCCUACUUUGAAGAGGUGUUUGGAUUUGAAAUAAGCAAGGUGGGCCUUUUAUCUGCUGUGCCACAUUUAGUGAUGACUAUUAUUGUGCCUAUUGGGGGGCAAAUUGCAGACUUUCUAAGAAGCAGGCAAAUUCUUUCAACAACUACUGUCAGGAAGAUAAUGAACUGUGGAGGUUUUGGAAUGGAAGCAACUCUUCUCUUGGUGGUUGGAUAUUCUCAUAGUAGAGGUGUGGCUAUUUCCUUCUUAGUACUUGCUGUGGGCUUCAGUGGAUUUGCUAUAUCUGGAUUCAAUGUUAACCAUUUAGAUAUUGCCCCAAGAUAUGCCAGUAUCUUAAUGGGGAUUUCAAAUGGAGUUGGGACAUUGUCUGGAAUGGUGUGUCCUAUAAUUGUUGGAGCGAUGACAAAGAAUAAGACACGCGAGGAGUGGCAGUAUGUCUUCCUUAUUGCUGCUCUGGUCCACUAUGGGGGAGUCAUAUUCUAUGGCAUAUUUGCUUCGGGGGAGAAACAACCAUGGGCAGACCCGGAACAGACAAGUGAAGAAAAAUGUGGCUUCAUUCAUGAAGAUGAACUUGACGAAGAAACGGGGGACAUUACUCAGAAUUAUGUAAAUUAUGGUACCAAUAAAUCUUACGGUGCUACAACCCAGGUCAAUGGUGGCUGGCCAAAUGGUUGGGAGAAGAAAGAAGAAUUUGUACAAGACUCAUAUAGCUAUAAGGAAGGAGAAGAUUAUUCAUAACAGAUCUAUACUGGAUAUAUUUUGUAGUGUUCGUGAUUUAUUCAUUGUGAUUGUUUGCACACUCACACAAAUGUGGUAUAAACAUGUAAACACAUAUCAGACAAGAAGGUCUUACUGUAAACAUGAGAAAAUACCAUUCAAGUGCAAUCUGUAUGAGUUUGUGACAUCAUUGCUUCCAUUUGAGUGUAUCCAUUCUGUAGAGUUUUAAGGGUUUACUGGUCAAAACUACAAUGGAAACUAGGUACUUACAGUGUAAAUGAGCUAAAAGCUCAUAAUAGCUAAGGAUUAAAGCACAACUACCAAACUACCAACCAAGCUGGGACAUAAAAUUAUUCUGUUCAGAAAAGCCAAAACUACUUGAUUGUUUGAAACUGCACUUACAUAUUUGUUACACUGCAUUGAAAGAAAUCAUAAAAUUGAUUGUGUGAAGUUAGUCCACAUGUUUACUUGGUGCAAUGUAAGAAAUGUAUGACUGGUCUAAGAAAAGGAUUUCUUAUAGAACAAGGCUUUAGUUUUAGAUUACCAUAAAGUCCCAAUCCAGUUUCCUUCCAAGAGAGUUGAAUUGGGACUUUACAGUACAAUCUGAGCUAUAAUGUAUAUGCAUUGUAAUUAUAUGCUGCAGAUUGCUCUGUGAUAAGGGAAUUAAUCUUUUUUUUCUACUGAAAGUUUAGGCACAAAUAUUUUAUUUCUGUUAUUCACAGACUCAUUCAGCUAUAGUAUGUGUCAUGUUUUCUUUACAUGUACCAACCAGUAUAAAAUUACAUUUAGUCUGAACUUCCAUGCAGAAUGUUAAAUAACUUAACCAAGACAGAAAUAUAUUUGGGAAAAAUCAUUGUUUGCAGCAACUACUGGCCAUCAGUCUCAUUCAAAGAGAGUGUCACCCAAGUAAACCCAAAGAAAAAUGUACCAUAGAGAUGUAGCCCUAGAACAAACUGGAUGUAUUUCUUUUUUAAAGUCUCUUUUGGAGUAAAUGCAAGAAAUGGAAAAGAAAUUAGCUAUUUGUUUAAUCUGGAUAGUUUUUCAUAUUUUCAGAUGCUGUGCCACAAUUAUAUAAAUAAAGUCAUAGUUUAUUGAAGAUGCUGUAUAAUGAUAGAAAAUAGUACUAUUUUAAAGAUUUCUGAAUUUUAAAAUAUGUAUUUGUCUUUCAAAUAAAUAGAAUUAUAAUGGGCCACUGAACAUGAACAAUAAUCCUCAUAGUGAGCUAAAAGUGGCAUAUUAUUGGGUUGGUUAAGGAAGAGUUCAACUUUGACUUUUACAGUGCUUAAGUGCAAUUCAGAUCCAUCAAGAGGCCAUUGGCUUCAGUGGAUUGUGAACUGCAGCUAUUUGCCUUGAUUUACAGGUGUGCACACUGCGUUGCUCCAUGUGUGGAUUUCCAUUUGCUACAAUGGAGGGGGCAACUCAGAGUGCGUUUCCCUUUGAUGUGUGGACCCGCCUUCCCCACUGAAGCAAAUAGGGAAGUCUGAUGAAGCAAGGAGCUCUAUAUAUACUCCAGUGAACAUGGAGCUCUAGAUCAAGACCUUGUGUUUUUUUUAAGCAUUAUUUAACAAAAAUUGUAAUGUUAGUGUAACCAAGCAAUAAGUGCAAUGCACUAUUAAGUGCAUGAUCUUUUAAUCUCUUUGUUACUGUCAAUACUGAGCUUGCUGUAGAUCCUUGAGACAGUUGGGAUACUAAAAUAAUAAAACCCAGACCAGACCAAUAAACAAUCAACUUCAUCUUAAUGCCAGUCCACUUAAUGCUCUAACAAUAUCCAUUUCCCAACUCCAAUGAAAUGACUACCAUCGUAUGUUAAGAAGCCAUUAUGGGUUUUUUGAUCUGCUCCUUGUAUUGUGCUAGUAUUUUAAGGCCCUGCUUCUGCAAUAUACAACUCGAGGAUUGUUUUUCUUUUCUUCUUCUUUUAUUUAUUGGACAAAAUAAAAUAAAGCAAACCAUCUUUGAUCUGAAGGGGGGGAAAUCAAUUAUAUAUUUUGCUUUGUGCCUCAAAGUGAUGUAAAAUGUGACCAUAGCUUUUGCUGUGAAAAGAUGUGGACUGUGUCACUUUUGUUGCUGCAAAAAAGUGUUAAUAAAUGCUCUAUUUAUCCUUUUAUAUAAAUAUAGAAA